CACUCCCUGGGUCCCACUCACCAACCCAACUAACCUACCACACUUCUCUCCCUCUUUCUAUUUCUUUCAACUCACAUUCCACACAGCUACACACAACAAUGGCACCGGAACCAUCAUCGGAGGUUCCCCCAAACUUCUGGGGCCACAUGCCCGAAGAGGAAUACUACACCUCCCAAGGCGUCCGCAACACCAAGUCCCAUUUCCAAACCCCCAAUGCCAAAAUCUUUACGCAAUCCUUCCUCCCUCUCCACCAACCCAUCAAAGCCACCGUCUUUAUGACCCACGGUUACGGCUCCGACACCGGCUGGCUCUUCCAGAAAAUAUGUAUCAGCUUCGCUAACUGGGGCUACGCCGUCUUCGCCGCCGACCUCCUCGGCCACGGCCGCUCCGAAGGCCUCCGCUGCUACCUCGGCGACAUGGAGACCGUCGCUGCCACGUCCCUCUCCUUCUUCCUCGACGUACGCCGCAGCGAGCCGUACAAAACCCUCCCCGCAUUCCUCUUUGGCGAGUCAAUGGGGGGUUUGGCGACUCUCCUGAUGUACUUCCAAUCAGAUCCGGGGACGUGGACGGGCCUGAUUUUCUCGGCGCCGCUAUUUGUUAUUCCUGAGGAUAUGAAACCGAGCAAGGUGCAUUUGUUCAUGUACGGUCUGUUGUUCGGUUUGGCUGACACGUGGGCAGCGAUGCCUGAUAACAAGAUGGUGGGAAAGGCGAUUAGGGAUCCUGAGAAAUUGAAGGUUAUAGCGUCGAACCCGAGGAGGUACACGGGCCCACCUAGGGUGGGAACCAUGCGAGAGCUUCUGAGAGUGACGCAGUAUGUACAGGAUAAUUUCUCCAAAGUGACGGCACCGUUUUUCACCGCUCACGGAACUGCUGACGGCGUUACGUGCCCUUCGUCGUCCAAGCUGCUUUACGAGAAGGCUUCGAGUGAGGAUAAGACGUUGAAGCUCUAUGAUGGGAUGUAUCAUUCCUUGAUCCAGGGCGAGCCUGAUGAGUCUGCCAACCUUGUGUUGGGAGACAUGAGAGAAUGGAUUGAUGACAGGGUUCGAAGAUAUGGUUCCCAAUAGAUUAAGGAAAUUUAUGGAAUGGUUGUUAUUAUGGAUAAUGUGACAUAAAAAUUGGAUAAAUUUGAGAAAAAAUUGCUUGAGUUGAUAUAUUAAAUGGUUAUUAUUUUA